GAGAGCAAGAGCAUCUUUUAGGAGGAUGUACUGAAACAGAGGGUGGUUGCCACGGUAACCACUCCCCUCGCACCCGCCCUCCAUUCGCUCUCUCUCCCUCCUCCCUCCACCUCUGUGCUGGUGAUGCUCAUGUCUCUCCUUCAUCCUGCCCGGUUUGUCCUCCCCUCUCCCGGACGCGCUGGGCUCACGCUGGCAGCGUGCGGAUGACACCAAAGGAGGAGGAGGAGGAGGACGUGAAGAAGAACAAGAAGCUGACUCCUCUCCGUCACUUUGAAGUGAGGAAGAGAGGGAGUGGAGCGUAGCAGGACAAGCCGCCACAAGGACACACAAACAGGAUAUAAAACACAAAAAGACAGCCUACGCUUCUCCAUUCUCCUUUUUGAAGGAGGGCAUUUUUCUUCCCUUUCCCCCCCUUUCCUUUUCUACCCCGAUUUUUCCCUCUGGGAUCCCGGGUUUUGGUCCAGCACCACGGCCACAGAACUUCUCCGGGAUCCCAGGUGAGGCGCGCGUGUGCACCGCUAGCGGCCGUCAUGGCUCACGCGGCCUCCCAGCUGAAGAAGAAUCGGGGGGAAGUGGAUGUGAAUGCGUUAGAGGACGAGAAGGAGAAGCGGAGGAAGAGCAGGAGAGCCACGUCCCGGGAGCAGAAGAGAAAGUCUGACAGCAAUGCCAGUUACCUGAGAGCUGCCCGGGCUGGAAACCUUGAAAAGGUCCUUGACUACCUCAAGUCCGGGGUUGAGAUUAACAUUUGCAAUCAGAAUGGUCUGAAUGCGCUCCAUCUCGCCUCCAAAGAGGGGCACGUGGAGGUUGUGGCCGAGCUGCUGAAACUGGACGCCGCUGUGGAUGCAGCCACCAAGAAAGGAAACACUGCCCUGCACAUCGCCUCGCUGGCCGGACAAACGGAAGUGGUCAAAGAGCUGGUCACCAGUGGAGCCAAUGUCAACGCACAAUCACAGAAUGGCUUCACUCCUCUCUACAUGGCAGCCCAGGAGAAUCACCUGGAGGUGGUGCGCUUCCUUCUGGAGAACAGCGCCAGCCAGAGUAUGGCCACCGAGGAUGGCUUCACCCCUCUGGCGGUGGCGCUCCAGCAGGGCCAUGACCAGGUGGUCUCCCUGCUGCUGGAGAACGACACCAAGGGCAAAGUGCGCCUGCCCGCCCUGCACAUCGCCGCCCGCAAGGACGACACCAAGGCCGCGGCCCUGCUCCUCCAGAACGACCACAACGCCGACGUGGAGUCCAAGAUGAUGAAUAGAACCACAGAGAGUGGCUUCACCCCACUUCACAUCGCGGCUCACUAUGGCAACAUUAACGUAGCCACACUGCUGCUGAACAGAGGAGCCGCCGUGGACUUCAUGGCCAGGAAUGACAUCACGCCGCUCCACGUGGCCUCCAAAAGGGGCAACAGCAACAUGGUCAAGCUGCUGCUGGACCGAGGCUCCAAAAUAGAUGCCAAGACGAAGGACGGUCUAACACCCCUUCACUGCGGAGCGAGGAGCGGCCAUGCACAGGUGGUAGAAAUCCUGCUGGACCGAGGAGCUCCUAUUCUGUCCAAGACCAAGAACGGCCUGUCGCCGCUCCACAUGGCCACUCAGGGGGACCACCUGAACUGCGUGCAGCUCUUGCUCCAGCACGACGUUCCCGUGGACGACGUCACCAACGACUAUCUGACGGCGCUGCACGUGGCGGCCCACUGCGGACACUACAAGGUGGCCAAGCUCAUCGUGGACAAGAAGGCCAACCCCAACGCCAAGGCCCUGAAUGGUUUCACCCCGCUUCACAUCGCCUGCAAGAAGAACCGAGUCAAAGUGAUGGAGCUGUUGCUCAAACAUGGAGCGUCCAUCCAGGCUGUGACGGAGUCUGGCCUGACGCCCAUCCAUGUUGCAGCCUUCAUGGGCCAUGAGAACAUCGUACACGCGCUCACACACCACGGAGCUUCACCCAACACCACCAACGUGAGGGGCGAGACAGCCCUCCACAUGGCGGCAAGGGCGGGCCAGGCCGACGUAGUCCGGUACCUGCUCAAGAAUGGCGCCAAAGUGGAGACCAAGUCCAAGGACGACCAGACGGCGCUGCACAUCUCCAGUCGGCUGGGGAAGGUGGACAUCGUCCAACAGCUGCUGCAGUGCGGCGCCUCCGCCAACGCCGCCACCACCUCAGGCUACACCCCGCUACACCUGGCGGCCCGGGAAGGUCACCAGGAUGUCGCCACCAUGCUGCUGGAGAAUGGAGCCUCCAUGUCCUCCUCGACCAAGAAAGGCUUCAGUCCGCUCCAUGUGGCGGCAAAGUACGGCAAGAUGGAGGUGGCCAGUCUGCUCCUGCAGAAGAGAGCCGCUCCUGAUGCUGCAGGCAAGAGCGGGCUAACGCCACUGCAUGUAGCCGCUCACUACGAUAAUCAGAGAGUAGCGCUGCUGCUGCUGGAUCAGGGAGCUUCCCCGCACGCCGCCGCCAAGAACGGCUACACGCCGCUCCACAUCGCCGCCAAAAAGAACCAAAUGGACAUCGGCACCACGCUGCUGGAGUACGGCGCCGACACCAACGCCGUGACGCGGCAGGGCAUCAGCCCCAUCCACCUGGCGGCGCAGGAGGGCAGCGUGGACCUGGUGUCGCUGCUUCUGGCCAAGAGUGCAGCUGUCAACAUUUGCAACAAGAGCGGACUUACGCCACUCCACUUAGCAGCUCAGGAGGACAAGGUCAACGUUGCAGAAGUCCUCCUCAACCACGGCGCUGAUGUCAGCCCACAAACAAAGAUGGGCUACACGCCGCUGCAUGUGGCUUGUCACUACGGCAACGCAAAGAUGGCCAACUUCCUGCUACAGAACCACGCCAGAGUCAACGGCAAAACCAAGAAUGGUUACACACCUGUGCACCAGGCCGCACAGCAGGGCCACACACACAUCAUCAACCUCCUCCUCCAGCACGGCGCCUCGGCCAACGAGCUCACCGCGAAUGGGAACACGGCGCUAUCCAUCGCCCGUCGCCUUGGUUACAUCUCUGUGGUGGACACCCUGAAGCCCGUGACGGAUGAAAACCUCAACACUGUGAGUGCAGCCGAAAAGCACAAAAUCAACGUCCCGGAGACCAUGAAUGAGUUCCUGGACAUGUCAGACGAUGAAGUUUGGGCCAAUGUGCCUGAAAGUCUGGCUGAGGACUCUUUGUCAGAUGAUGAUGAAGGUGAGGAUGCUCUGACUGGGGACACUGACAAGUACCUGCGACCUCAGGACCUGAAGGAACUGGGAGACGACUCUCUCCCCCAUGAGGGCUACAUGGGCUUCAGCAUCGGAGCCCGCUCAGCCAGCCCUAGAAUCAGCCUCCGCUCCUUCAGUUCGGAUAGGUCCAACACCCUCAACCGGAGCUCCUUCGCCCGCGACAGCAUGAUGAUCGAAGAGAUUCUGGCGCCCACCAAGGACACGCUUCAGAGUGUCUGUAAAGACAUUUCCUACCUGGUCGACCCACUCAAUAAGCACUUAGCUGUGACCCGAGACUACAACCCUGAGUGUAUGCGUCGCUACAGCUGGACUCCAGACAUGGUGGACCACAGCCACAACAUUGCAUCCAGCCCGAUCCACUCUGGCUUCUCCUCCCCGCUCCCUCAGUAUGACUCCAGGUUCCUGGUCAGCUUCAUGGUGGACGCCCGCGGCGGUUCCAUGAGGGGCAGCCGCCACAACGGCAUGCGCAUCAUCAUCCCGCCCAGGAAGUGCACGGCGCCCACGCGCAUCACCUGUCGCCUGGCCAAGAGGCACAAGCUGGCCUACCCCCCGCCCAUGGUGGAAGGGGAGGGCCUGGUCAGCCGACUCGUGGAGGUCGGCCCGGCUGGUGCUCAGUUUCUCGGUCCCGUGAUUGUGGAGAUUCCUCAUUUCGGUUCCAUGCGGGAGAAAGAGAGGGAACUGAUUGUGCUGAGGAGCGACAACGGUGACACGUGGAGGGAACACCAGUUUGAUUCCACUCAGGAAGAACUCUCGGAGCUGCUCACCGGGAUGGAUGAAGAGUUGGACAGCCCUAUCGAGUUGGAGAAGAAGCGUAUUUGCCGCAUCGUGACCAGAGAUUUUCCUCAGUACUUUGCCGUGGUGUCGAGGAUCAAGCAGGAGUCCAACCACAUGGGUCCUGACGGGGGAGUCUUGUCCAGCAGCACCGUGCCCAUGGUCCAGGCCUCCUUCCCACAGGGGGCGCUAACCAAGAAGAUCCGCGUUGGCCUGCAGGCUCAGCCUGUCCCUGAUGAAAUGGUGCGAGCGGUCCUGGGGAACAGAGCCACCUUCAGCCCCAUCGUCACCGUGGAGCCCAGGAGGAGGAAGUUCCACAAACCCAUCACGAUGACCAUCCCCGUGCCGCCUCGCUCGGCAGAAGGACACCCCAGCGGACGGCGGGGAGAUGCCGCGCCUUGCUUGCGUUUGCUGUGCAGCAUCACAGGAGGGACGUCCCCGGCACAAUGGGAGGACAUCACGGGGACCACGCCGCUUUCCUUUGUCACCGAAUGCGUCUCCUUCACCACAAAUGUGUCGGCCAGGUUCUGGCUCGCAGACUGUCACCAGAUUCCUGAGACGGUGAGUCUAGCGUCUCAGUUAUACCGGGAGCUGAUCUGCGUGCCGUACCUGGCCAAGUUUGUGGUCUUCGCCAAGAUGAACGACCCGGUGGAGGCUCGCCUUCGCUGCUUCUGCAUGACGGACGACAAAGUGGACAAGACCCUCGAGCAGCAGGAGAACUUUGAGGAAGUAGCGCGGAGUAAAGACAUCGAGGUUCUGGAGGGAAAGCCCAUCCAUGUGGAUUGCUAUGGCAACCUGUCUCCUCUGACCAAAAGUGGGCAGCAGCUUGUUUUUAAUUUCUACUCCUUCAAGGAAAACAGGCUUCCUUUCAACGUGAAGAUCAGGGACAUGGGCCAAGAGCCGUGUGGCCGCCUGUCCUUCUUGAAGGAGCCCAAAACCUCUAAAGGUCUUCCUCAGGCCGCCAUAUGCAAUUUGAACAUCACACUGCCCACACACAAGAAGGAUAUGGAGUCUGAUCCCGAUGAUGAGACUGAAAAGCCAGAGCGACGCCAUACCUUUGCCUCCUUAGCUUUGCGUAAGCGCUACAGCUAUUUGACCGACCCUGCGGCGAAAACACCUGAUCGAAGUCCGCAAAGAGCACAGCCUUCUGGCUACCCUCACAAACCUGUCUUUUCAACGAGAUCUUAUCAGGCGUGGUCGCCUGCUCCUGUCGCCGUCGCUGGCCAAGCCAAGUCUGGGUUUGGCUCCCUCUCCAGCUCGUCAUCCAACACGCCUUCUGCCUCUCCACUAAAGUCUGUCUGGUCCAUCAACUCAGCCUCCCCCAUUAAGACAAACAUUCCCGGAUCGCCUGCCUCGUCUGUUAAGUCAGUUAGUGACAUGGCCUCCCCCAUCCGGUCUUACAGAACCAUCUCCUCUCCCAUAAAAACUGUAGUCCAGCAUGCUCAGUACCCAGGCCAGGUCGCCCCCAGUCCCCUGGCAUCACCUGCAAAAAGUGCUUCAGGACUCGCAGCCUUGUCAGCCAGGACCUCCCCUAUAACCACAUCUACAGGAGGAGGUUCUCUUCUUGAAAGGACAUCAAUAGCCAUGACACCUCCAACAUCUCCCAAAUCGUCCCUGAGUAUGUUCAAUUCACCCCUGUCAUACAAGACCGUUGUUGGGGUCUCCGCCGGUACAGUAUCGUCAUCUUCCUCACCCAUCAAAACCGUCCCCGGCCUCUCCUCUGUGCGUUCCUUUUCCUCAGAUGUGUCGGGCCCUGCAAGGAACCUCUUCUCCUCUCUGUCGUCACCUCUCAAAUCCAACACCCCUCAAAGUGCUGCAGCUCUGAUCAAUGGAACAGCGCCGCCAGCACAGUACCGCUCCUCCUCCCCGACCUCUCUUCUCGCCAGCAGCCUCCAAGAAAGAAUACAAGCAACCACAAAUGCUGCAACCACCAGUGUCAACGCAGCAUUUGAUGAGGUUGAAAAAACAUUCAAUUCUUGCUCGGCUGGCUACGGCACCUUAAAGUCUAUGUCUUCGUCUGCGUCGUCGUCAUAUCAAUCCAUUAGAUCCUCAGCUUCUAGUUCUCUUUACAACUCGCUAAGAUCCCCUCCAAAUGCCACCACUGCUGUGACCUGCAGCACAGUGACAGUUCCUGUGUAUUCUGUUAUCAAUGUAUUGCCAGAGCCCCAGUUUAAGAAGUUACCAGAGGUGUCCAGGUCAACUGCUGCUAUUUUGUCCCCACGUAAGACUGUUGUGCCCCCUGAGAUGAAUCCCCAGUUGCAGUCAUCAUUUGCGAGAACUCUUUCCCCAACCAAAUCUCCUCUUCUCUCCUCUGGUUUGAAGUCAAACACGACAUCUCCGUUGUCAUCCAGUCAAGAAAUCUUGAAAGAUGUCGCUGAAAUGAAAGAGGACUUAAUCAGAAUGUCAGCAAUUUUGCAGACGGACCCAAAUUCCACUGCUAAUAAAGGUUUUCAGUCUGGUUCUGCAGAAAAGGUAGAAGACGAAGAGCCCUAUAGGAUUGUGGAGAAAGUAAAACAAGAUCUAGUGAAAGUAAAUGAAAUCCUGACUAAAGACACCAAAGAUUCCAUAGCAAGAGGGCCCUUGGAUGAUAUCCGCUUCUCAAAAGUACCUGUUGAACAACCACCAAGCAACUGGAGCUAUCCCCCGAGGUACGAGACCGUGGUCCCUCAAGCAAAAGCAAAAACAAUACAAGAUAGAGACUUCAAUCUCUCUAAAGUCGUUGACUACCUGGCAAACGAUGUCGGCAGUAGUUCUUUCUCCAAAAUGCAUACAUCAGAUGAGGGGAAGAGAGAGGCAGAUGGCAAGGAGAAACAAAAACGUGUGCUGAAACCCACAAUAGCAGUUCAAGAGCAAAAGCUGAAAAUGCCUCCAACAACCAUGCGGUCUUCGCCUUCCGACAAAGAACUGAGUAAAGUAGCAGAUGUACUUUUUGGAGCAGACACCGUGCUGGAAUCCCCUGAUGAUAUAUAUCAUGAACAGGAUAAAAGCCCCCUCUCGGACAGUGGCUUUGAGACCAGGAGUGAAAGAACACCCUCUGCCCCCCAGAGCGCUGAAGGCAUGGGUCCGAAGGCCCCCUUUCAGGACAUCCCAGUCCCUCCAAUGAUCACUGAGACUAGGACUGAAGUUGUUCAUGUCAUUAGGAGCUAUGAACCCCCUGAAGAUAACAAACAAACCCCAAUGGUGGAGGCAAAUCCAAUCAGAUAUAUUGAUACUGAGUCUAAAGGACAUCCCAAUCAAGCUACAUACACCCCAGAGCUGAAUAAAGGCUAUUCAGUAAAAGUUGUCCCUGAUGAGGAUCCAAUGGGAAAAGGCAUACGCUUGAAGGAGGAAACUCACAUCACUACCACCACUAGGAUGGUGUAUCACAAACCGUCUGGCAGUGAAGCAGUCUCAGAGAGGUGCGAGGAGACUAUGUCCGUUCACGACAUCAUGAAGGCUUUUCAAUCAGGGAAGGACCCUUCUAGGGAGCUUGCUGGACUCUUUGAGCACAAAUCUAACAAUGAAGAAACAUCACAAAGAGUACUUGAAGAUGUCAAACCAAAGGUUGAAAGAAUAAUUGAGGUGCACAUUGAAAAGGGCAAUAAAACAGAACCGACGGAGGUCAUCAUCAGAGAGACCAAAAACCAUUCUGAAAAUGAAAUGUAUUACUACCCAGGAUCUAGAAAAGAAGAUGGGGAACCUGAGGAACCUCCUGCGUAUCUUGACUCCUCCAGAUUCAACCUCAUACCACAAGAGGAUAGUCGUCCCAGCUCAGCCCAGCUAAUGGCAGAUGAAUCUUACAAAACCUUGAAGUUGCUUAGCCAGCAAUCUGUGGAAUACAAUGAGGAUGAAUCAUCAGAGCUCAGGGGAGGGUCUUAUAAUUUUGCAGAGAAAAUGUUACUGUCUGAGAAAUUUGACCAGUCCCAUUCUGACACUGAGGAACUUGUUAGAGAGCGGUCUCACGUCCACUCACCAGACAGAAGUGAGGGUAGAUCAGCAAGUCCAAGGACAGAAUAUAUAUUUCGCUCGUCACGGAAUGUUUUUGACACAUCAGGAAGAAUGGCCAGCGUUGACGAUAACUUUGACACAAUGACACUUUUGCAGCAUUCCUCUGAACCUGGUAGCCCAAAGCAGUCGGUUUGGAUGCGCGUAUCAACAGACGAGACAAAGGACAGAGAGCAACUUAUGUAUGAGGAAAGAGUAGACAGAACUGUAAAGGAGGCAGAGGAAAAGCUCAGUGAGGUAUCUCAGUUCUUCAGAGAUAAGACAGAGCAGCUUAACGAUGAGCUCUCCUCGCCUGAGAAGAAGUCUCGCAGACCAGACUUUAGGGAAUCACGAUCAGGGCCCAGUUCCACGCAUAGCAGCCCGGAGAGAUCAGUGUAUAGAAAUGGAGCCAGUGGGGAAGAGUGGAGCAGAGAAAGACUAAGAGACAGGUUUGGCGCCAGUGAUAGGAAAUGUGCCAGCUUACCCAGCAGCCCAGAGAGGAGAGUACUUCUACAGUAUAGUGAUUCAGAUGCCAGGAAACAGGGAGAUGGCAAAUCGCAUGAAAGUGAAGGCUCAAAACCUUUUCAAAUGUCUUCAUCCAAAGUCAGUGCAGUGAGGCUUAAGUUCGAACAAGAGGCUCAAAAACAAGAUAGGGCUUCUCAGGGUGGCCAAAAUCCAAAUCCCCCCAUCAGGAAGCUCCAUGAAAGUAAGCUACCUGUGUAUCAGGUAUUUGCAGGUUCAAACAUUCCAAAAACGCCAGACAGUCCAUUAAACCAGAGAAGAGCUCAAGAAAGUGAAUCCAGGUUGUCACCCACGCAACAACAGAUCAGUGGAAAGAAUCAGGAAGAUAAGUUAUUCAAAACAUGGGAGAGCCAAGGGUAUGGGAACUAUAAGCCCCAAUCUCCAAAAUCAUCUCAUUCAUUAGUCCACGAUUCCACAAAAGAUGACAAUAAAAGUGAUUCUCAAAGACAAGAAAGUACGAAGAAAAUUAUUUACACUGAAUUUGUUGUCAGAGAGAAUCCAAAUAGCAAUGACGGUCUAAAAAAAAACUCGGAAUCUCAAAUUCCUGUAAGAAAGCCAUCUAAUUUUCCAGAAAGUCGCAGAUCCCCAUCGUUAAAAUUAGAUUCCUUUGUUGAAUCGCGCGAGAAGGAUAGCUCUCGCACACCGAUCCUAGCUCGAAACCCGAUACAUAGUAGCUUUGAAUCCAACAAAUCUACUUGUGGAUCAUCAGGAAAAUCCACAGACUCAGACUGUAGCCAGUCAAAUAUCACAUGUAACGGUCUUGAUAGCGACCAAGUAGAGUAUUUGGAUCAUGGAACCCCUGUGGUCAUCACGGAAGGUUUCAAAGAUGUCAAACCUUUACCUGUGUAUGUCAGCAUCCAAGUGGGUAAGCAGUAUGAGAAAGAAACAGCUUCUGGGCAGCUGGGAACUUACAAAAAAAUAGUAAGCCAUGAGAGCAGGACAGUACAUGAAACAAGGGGAACAUUUUACACUGCCAAACAAAAGCAAUCUCCAUCUCCACAAGGUAGUCCUGAAGAUGACACUCUGGAACAAGUGACAUUCAUGGACAGCUCUGGGAAGAGUCCUGUUACCCCCGAGACCCCAAGUUCAGACGAAGUUAGCCUGGCCUCCAGAAUGCCUGACUCUGUGAUAGGCUCCAUGGCUGGCAUGCCAAGUCCUAUCCCGGAGGAGUCUGAAGAGGAAGACGGGAAGACCUUUAUCUACAAGGAGACUUUAAGGGACAAAUCCAAGCAACCAUCCUCAGAGAAUCACUGUAAGAAACACGAAGCAGAUCAACACAAGUCCAAGGACAAAAGAGUUCCUUAUAUAGAGUUUCCACCACCCCCUCCCUUGGACGCAGAGCAGUCUGACCCUGAGAAAAGAAAGUCUUAUGCGUCUUCUGAGACAGAGACAGAGAUGAUGGAAGUAAACCUUCAGGAGGAGCAUGACAAGCACCUUCUAGCUGAGCCAAUCAUAAGGGUCCAGCCUCCAUCUCCCAUUCCUCCUGGAGCUGACAACAGUGACUCCAGUGAUGACGAGUCCGUCUUCCAUCCCAUCCCUGUCAAAAAGUACACCUUCAAGAUGAAAGAGGAGGGGGAGAAACGCUCAAAACACAGAAGAUCAGAGAAGAAUGGAAAUAAGGAAUCGGGCGUCAAUGGAGUCGUUAAGGGGGAGGAUGCUGACAUGGAGCAAAAUGGGAAUGACCAAUCAAUCACUGACUGCUCCAUUGCAACCACUGCUGAGUUUUCCCAUGACACUGAUGCCACUGAGAUAGACUCAUUAGAUGGUUAUGAUUUUCAGGAUGAGGAUGACGGACUGAGCGAGGAUCCAAAAACAUCCAGUCUGUCCAAUGAUGGAAAAGCUGCUGACCGCUCAUUUGGCCAGUCCAAGCUCGAAGUGAUAGAGGAAGAAAAGUGUGAGGAUGGGGGGAAUCAUGGAACUUCUAAAACCAACCCAUCUUCAUCAAAAAGCAGUGGAGAGGAAGACUUCACUGUUGAAGGAAGACAUCCAGAAAGGCAGAUCUUUGGUGACAACUAUUUUGGCUACCAACUUGAAGAGGAGUUAAAUGCAACCUUUAAAACAGUAGCCACAAAAGGCCUUGACUUUGACCCCUGGUCCACCAAAGGGAGCGAUAAUGAGGGAGUUUAUGAGUCCAAAACCAAAGACGAAGACCCCAAGCCCUUUGGUUUGUCAGUGGAGGACAAAUCACAGGCCACAACACCCGACACAACCCCUGCUCGAACACCGACUGAUGAGAGCACACCAACUAGUGAGCCUAACCCCUUCCCUUUCCAUGAAGGGAAGAUGUUUGAGAUGACCCGCAGUGGUGCUAUUGACAUGAGCAAGCGGGACUUUGUUGAAGAGAGGCUUCAGUUUUUUCAGAUUGGUGAGCAUUCCUCUGACCCUCUAACAGGGGAAAAGGGGAGAGGGGGCAAGAUCCUGGGUGUAGUUUCCUCUCAGUCAAAAACAGGGGAGAGGGCCACAGUAGAUGGGAAGGUGAAGGUUAUAGAUACAACCACAGGCAGCAGCAGCACAACAUCAGCAGCAGCAGCCAAAUGCAGCCCUUCACACCCUGGCAGUGACGCAGGCUACGCUGGUAUCGAAGUACCCACCUGUGAAGCCAUAGCUGAGACCACCUCCUCAUGCACAAUCACAGCCUCCAAGGUUGACCCCAAAUUACGCACCCCUAUUAAGAUGGGUAUAGCUGCCUCCAUAACUGUGAAAAAAGACUCAGGGGAUCUCAGCGAUUUUAAAGCUGAGAUAACAGAGGGUCAGGUGGUGCCAGAGUACAUCAGCAUAGAGGGUCAGUGUACAGAGAGCCAGUCUAGCAAAGACACAGAGGCCAAGUCAGAUAGAAGAGAUUACCCCUCUAAAAACUGCAACAACAACAAUAACCUCGAGUCCUCUAGCAUUCAGGCCAACUACAUUCAGUGUGGCAGUGUAGUGUUCAACCUGCAGUCCUCCUCCGAGCCCACACUUCAGAAAGCAAGCAGGGUAGAAACACUGUGUUGUAGAGAUUUAGAAGAGAAGGGAGAGAUAAGCAAUCAAGUGGAGCAGCAGCAGCAGAAAAGUGAACCAGUUAAAGACAGUGAAGUGAAGCUCCCCAAAUCCAGGCUUCCAGUGAAAGCAUCAGGGAAGUCGUUGCACACCCAGGGAACAGCCAUAGGGAAGCAGAAGCCCAAGCAAGCAGUGACAAUUGAGACCAGGAAAAGAGGAGAGCCAGCCAUUGCAAAAGUAGAACCCAGGUCUAGAAUACCAAUCAAGGACAUUAAAAAGAGCAGCGCCACAGCCACAGCUAGCUCACCUCAAUCAGUCAGUGUUAGCUCAACGCCAACAAGGCCGCUGGGUACAGAAAGAGCAGCCAUAAAGUUGCCCUCAAGGCUACCACUGAAGGACAGGCAUCAGGUCAGCAAGGUCCCAAGCGAGGGAGCGUCCAGACAGGAGAAGCCUAGCGAGGUUUGCAAGCGCACCAUCGAAUAUUUUAAAGACAUUAGCGGAGAGACAAUAAAGUUGGUGGACCGGCUGUCAGACGAGGAGAAACAGAAGCAGACAGAGCAGUCGGAGGAAGACAGCACCUCCCGGAGCACCUCUCUGUCAGACACCUCGCAGCCUUCCCAACCUUCCCAGCCCUCCCACUCAUCCAGGUCUGGUAGAGGUUCGAGGGCUGAAGCCGGGGCCCCGUCCGUAGGGGCAAAGGUGGCGACGACGGACAGGGCCUCUGGCAGUCAGAGGAGCAGGAGGAGUAGGCGGACUGGUGGGAAGGAGGGCAGUCAGGGACUCGCGGGGUCUCGAACACCUCCCAUCGCAGAGAUCAAGCCUAGUCCCCAAAGCCCUUGUGAGCGAACAGAUUUGCGUAUGGCCAUCGUAGCAGAUCAUCUGGGACUCAGCUGGACAGAGCUGGCUCGGGAGAUGAACUUCACAGUAGAUGAGAUCAACCACAUCAGAUUAGAGAACCCCAACUCACUGACAGCACAGAGCUUCAUGCUCUUAAAGAAGUGGGUCAGCCGGGAAGGGAAAAACGCCACAACGGACGCCUUGACUGCAGUGCUGACCAAAGUCAGUCGGAUGGAUAUUGUGACUUUGCUGGAGGGCCCCAUUUUUGACUAUGGUAACAUUUCCGGCACGAGAUGUUUUGCUGAUGAUCACACGGUUUUCCGGGAUCAGGCUGAUGUUUGUGUGAUUAUACCAUUAAUUCCCAGCAAUCCCGCCUUCAUCCUGUGUACAACCCCAUCAUCACUCCCAUCCACCCCUCUCUCACCCAAAGCCUCACCCUUCACCCCGCGCCGCUCUCCCAGUUACGAGCUCUCCAUUUCCCUUAAAGACUUGGCUCCCUCAUCUCCCCUGGAACGCCACUUCAACUUUGUGCCCCCGCCUCUUAAAGGCCUCACGCCUCAAUGCCCACCUCCCGACCCCCGCCAAUCUCCUGCCUUUCCUUUCUCACCGCAUCCGUCCUCCCCCAUCCCGCUCAUCACGUCACCGUUACCUUCCUCCCCCACCUUUGUCCCAUCCUCGCUCCCAGCCUCUCCCGUGCUGACUUUGCCCACUCCAGUUCCCGCUCAAACGGAACCAACCUCAGAAAUAUCCAACCCACCCACCAGCCUAACUCUUGCACGCUCGACUGCUGCCCCCAUCCUGCCGGAACCUGUUUCCUCACCCUCGGGCAGGAUGUCACCUUCUGCCGCCUCAUCUCGCCCUGUGUCCCCUCUCUCCUUGUGCAAUCUCCCUACCUUAUCUCCCAGUGGGUCCCGCUGCUCGAGCCCACAUCCCCCGUCCCCUCCUCUGCGUUCCCUCUCUCCUCGCCACGCUUGUCCCUGCGUCCUUCCGCCCGGCAGCUUUCUGCCUCCACCUCGCACCCGCAUUGACCCUCCCUCGUCGGAAAUAUUACUCUAGCGCCAUGGUUCUCAAGCUUAACACCAAGUACCACUUGGAAAAUAUGUAGCUGUGCAAGUACUGUCAUUUUUGCUACCUCCGCUUACAACAAGAGUACCAUCUCAAAAAUAUUUGUACUUGGCCAGUACCGCCAUUUUUUGCUACCUCUGCUGACACACAAGUACCACCUCGGAAAUAUGGCAAGUACCACCAUUUUGGCUUCCUCCGCUCGCCAUCAGAUUUUAGUUUGUGGCUCGUAUGAAUUGAAGCAAAGAACGUUCAUAUUUCUACAAAGAAUUUUCAAAGAAUUACAUUUCUCCAAAUGUUAGGUUAAUAAAUUUGUAAUUGUACUUCAUAUGUGUAUAUACCGUAUUUCUCCGGGUACUCCAGCUUCCUCCCACAUUCCAAAAACAUGCAUGUUAGCUUCAUUAGCGACUCUAAACUGUCCAUCGGUAUGAAUGUGAGUGUGAAUGGUUGUUUGUCCAUACGUGCCCUGCCAUCGCCUGGCGACCGGUCCAGGGUGUACCCUGCCUCUUGCUCAAAGUUAACUGGGAUAGGCUGCGCGGCCCUAGUGAGGAUAAACGGCGUAGAAGAUGGACGAAUGGGCUGUUGUAGCACGCUUCAGCAACGCUAGACCGACCACAGACACGGACCAGUGAUAAAAUGACAGCAAACAGCAGGCAGAACUUGGUCGAUAUUGACCUUAGCACCUCUCACAAUAUUUUUGGGCUGCAUCAUGAUAUAACGAUAUAAUAAAAUUCAGCAGAGUCUUGUAUCAAAAGCUACAAAACCUUAACCCAUAUAUUUAAAUACACUUGCCUCAAAUUGUAAAGCACAUUUAUUGAUUUAUUGGUAACAAACUGCAAUACAGCAAGUGCAUUUAGUGUCUACCAAACUAGAUCAUGCAAAGUAUUAAGAAUUCAAGCAUACAGUUACAGUCAUAAUACAUUGCUAAAUAUUGUCCUUUUCCACUGAGUAUGAAGGCAUCAUGUCUUUGGCUAAAUAAUAUGACACUGCAUCAGUCCGUUCAUGCCAUCUUUCCUUGCCAGAAGCAAGGCCAUGAGCAAAAGCGUUUUUUAUUUUUAACUGGGUAAGUGUAGACAUGCUCGCUGAGUCUGUCUCACGCUUCAUGACACACUCUUUGUACUCAAUUCUGUACAAAUUUGUCGCCUUCCUACCUUCUGCCACCACCGUUGCUUUGCAAACUUUGCAUACUAUGGUCUCUUGCUCCACCUCUGCUCUAUCGAAACCAAACCACUUCCAGACUACAGAGGUACCGCCACGUUUGUCAAAAAUGUCAUCGUCUAUAGUCUCCGCUCUCCUCCACCUUCAGCCAUGCUCAUUUUGUUGUCUCUGCUCUGCGUUUCUCCGGUGACACGGACCAUGCUGUGGCACACGUGAGGCGCCAAAGCGUCAAUACAGUGCGCCGCACCACGCAGUCGCAGGCAAAACACAUCAACUCUGCUUUUUUCCAUUUAAAAUGAUCAUCUAAACCGGUAGGAGUCAUUUUCUUUUCAUUGGAACAAUUUAUACCGAUAUAUGAAAAUUAUCAUCCAACGCUAUUUUCAGUGGAAAAAUGACCGUCUUAUAUUCUGGUCAAUAUGGUUAUUUAUUUAUUUAUUUAUAUUUAAUACCCUGAUGUUCCCGCGUACCACCACUGGUGCUUGUUCCACAGUUUGAGAAUCACUGAUUCGCAUUGACCGCAUCUCUCAUCUGUCAUGAGACUUUAACCAAUCCUGUCAAUCACUUAUCAUAUUUCUUACUUAACAUGUAGCCUACAGCAACAUUUACACUUGCACGCAUUUUGACCCCGCAGUGGUACGCAAUAUUACGUGCCAGUGAGUAAAUUGCUCGUAAGCAGGUGUGAAGGAUGUGUAAACUGUGUGGGGCUGUGUGUCAUGAACGCACCACAACCUAUGCCUAAACAAAACAAUUCCCCCACCUCCUCGAGCAAGUCAAGAAGAAGUAAUUUCUGUAACCUCUUGGAUCUUCCUUGUCAAUUUCUGUUAAUAAGGGAUCAUAAUGCCCAAAGCGUUGUCUUCCAGUCAGCAAUUCUCUCUCCCACACUGUCCUUUUUUCUAGUUUAUGCCUCCUUCCUGCUCUUUCUGCAUUCUCUUUGUACAGCUGUGAGAUAAUAUAGACUUAUCUUUCUUUUCUGCAAUGAAAGCUUCUUCUCCGGAGUUCAACAUCUUAUACGUCCCUUGCAAAUGGAGAAAUUAAUGAAGCUGGGGUGAUGCCUGCUGUUGUGUGGCGUCACGCGGGAGCAAAUAAUGCCAUGACUGCUUCUCAUGGUGCUGACAAUGCAUACCAAUGCGUGUUGCAUAUACUAAUGUGGCGUACGAUUUGUAAACAGUGACGAGGUAUAAAUAAGCAGUGCGGGACCAUGGUCAUUUUGUGCCAAUGCACACAUUUUCGGUCACAAAUUGCGUGAAUUUAUGCGUAAACAGCACACAAACAGCGCCCAAAGUAUUCUUCACGCUUAUCAGGCGUGCCAUAAAUAAAUAAAUAAAUUGCCACAGCUAAUUGCGGGACAAUGCAGGGGCGUGCAAAAUGCGUGCUGGUGUAAACACCGCUACUAAUGUUCCCCAUCGAAAGCUCCAGAAAUGUAUCAAUUAUGGUUACUUUAAAAGAUAUAAAGCACACUUUGUUUGUUCAUAGGGUUGAUGGCUACCUGCUUCACCCUUCAGUGCCAUUGUCCAUGUCAUAUGAUGUACAGUACAUGUGUGUUGCUUUCAGUCCUUUGGUAGCAUCUGUCAUCAUGUCACCCACAGAUUAUCACAGCAUUCUAGCCGAGUUGCAUUCCCCCGCUGCACUCCACUUCGACCCACAUUUCCUGUCGCCCGAACUCCCUGUCACACCCAGCCCUUCUUCCCCCGUCCACCACCAGCAUCACCAUUACCCACAACC